AUUUAAUAGGGUAAAAUUGAGAUGAAAAUGAAAAAUGUGAAAAGCAAAAUAUUGCAAAAUGCAUGCCUGAAUACAGAUGGAUUUAAAGAUUUUAAGCAGCUGAGGUCUUAUGUAAAGGAUAGACCUACAAGCACCACCAAAUCUCCAAAAGUAACGACUCAGAAGAGCUACGUGAUCCCUAUCAGAGAAUACAUCGACUUCCAGGAAGGGUGCCCUAAGAAGAAACUAUCCAAUAUCUCUUUGAAUAACAUCAGAGAGAGUUUCUCCAAGAAUCCCACUUCUCUGAAGAAUGUAUUAGCCGUUAAUUACAAGAAGAUGAAAAAUCUGGUCGGUAUUAACAAGAGAGCGCUGAUUCGAAAGAAAGGGGUCAGAAACUUGAGCCUAACGAAGGCUUAUCAAGAAUCAGAUAGUGUUUCUAGCAGCAAAAAUGGAGGUAAAAGAGUACGGAAUUUAAGAAGAAGAAGUUUCUGUAGGAAGAGUGGUGGAGAUAACGAACACAAGAACUCUUUUGUAGUUAAAUAACUCAUUCUCGAAGAAUACUGGCAGGUGUGAAGUGUUUGACUCGAGUAGAGUAGUUUUACUUUCAAGUGUUCCUUCAACACAGAAAACAAAAGUAAUUAUUUCAUCCAAUAAAGAUACUCCAAAAAUUGAAAAUAAAGAGAAUCUUUCUGAAGAAUCACCUCACCAGAGAAAGUUUAUUAGUUUAAACAUUACAACUGGCGAGGUUGAAGUAGGAGUAAAAACUGAAGAUUGCUCAAAGAGAACAAACCCUUCCACUCCAGAAGACUCAUUGCAAAGCUUUAGAGAGUAUAGGAAGGCCUCAACAACCCAGGAUAACUAUGUCCCUGUUGAUAAGAUUCUUCAUAAUUUGGUUUGAGACUCAAAAAGCAGUAGAAAAAUGCAUUAUCCCAUCCCAAAAUCAAUGGCAGGACACUUUAAUGCAUCCAAUAUCACCCAAAUCCCCUCUAUCAUACCCCAUCCCAAUCAAUCCACCAAUUGCAAGUCAAAUGUCCACUUUCUCCCAACUUUCCUACCCCAAAACCCAGGCUAUCCCCCCUCCUCCACCCACAAACCAAAGCCUCAAACCUCACCCAACCCCCACAGAGCCCCUCACAGAGCCCCCCACAGAGCCCCUCACGGCACCAUCUCAAAAACCCUCCUCUCCCUAAAACCCCGUCGCAUCGCUCACCCACCCACUCUCCCUUGCCAGGCACGAAUCCCUUCUAAUCCUGUACGCACAAAAUGUAGGAAAGAGUACAACUGAUCGCCUGAGAACUCAGCUUAUGGUGAAGAAAUGAAUAGUUUGUGUAGUAGGAAGUUGAGCUUGGGGCAGAGGCCCAAGGUUGGGAGUGGAGGAGUGGGUGACCAGAGGGGUGGGAAGGACAGUAUUUUCAACCGUUGAGGAUGCAACAUAGCCUAAUCAAUUUCGAAUAUUAAA